AUGAUGAAGUGGUGGUUGGGUUCAGGGCAGAGCAACAAACACGCAGUUAAGGUGACUCAGUUAAAGCUUCAACUAGGACUUUUUGGUGCCAAAGUUUCCACAACCGUAAACGACAAGUUAGCCAUUGAAAUAACAUGGAUUAAGAAAGGACAUGACCAAAAUUCUUCUCCUCCUUCUUGUUUGAUAAUUCCCUUUCAAUUUCAUCAUCGUACCUUAAAACAACAACCUUGUACUCAUACCACGCCCUGUCGUAGAUUCAUCACUUCUGCAAAAACUCCUUCUCUUGUAUGGGACGAUCGCGACCUAUGCGUUUUUGAACUCGGAUUCAAAGAUGUUUGCCAGGUGGCAUUUCAUGUCUUAUAUGGAGAGGGUGGUGUAGAAGAAAUAAAACGUAAAAGGACGGUGGUGGGAAAAGUUUUUAUGACCCUUCCCAUGGAAGAGAUGAAAAACGAACCCAGUAUUCAAAGGAAGCUUCCAAUACGGUUGAAAGUCAAUGGUUUAAUCUUCGAAGCUACCCUUUCGGUUUGUCUAAGGUUAUGUGACUCAGCAAGAACAACCUUUGAAAACACGGUAAAGUCAGAUAAGAAACACGGAAUCAUAGAAAAAGUGAAAUAUUUAACAUGUUUGACAAACAAAAACAGUGGCACCAACUUUGAUUCUUACGAAUCAGAUUAUUCUCCUGUCUUUGACUCGGAUGACUCAUCCAACGAGUGCACAACAAGCGGUGGCAGUUCAUCUAGCAACAGCCCCAAAGAGACAAGAAUCACGUUUCUAGCCUCAAAGAAAAAUACAAAUUCAAACACACUCCAAGGCAAUGCAGGUAAAUGGGAAACCAAUUAUAUUUUAAGUAGAGAUUGCCAAACAAAGCUCAAAACAAAUGUGUUUUUUGCUUCGUUUGAUCAACGAAGUGAAAAGGCCUAUGGUGAAAGUGCAUGCACAGUUUUAGUUGCGUUAAUAGCUCACUGGCUUCAUUCCAAUAAAGGUAUACCAACAAGAACACAAUUUGAUAACCUCAUCACACAAGGUUCAUCUGAAUGGAGAAAAUUAUGCAAAAGUGAUUAUUACUCAAAGCUCUUUCCGGAUAAACAUUUUGAUUUAGAAACAGUGUUGGAUGCGAAUUUGAGACCUAUAAAUGUUCUUCCUCAGAAAUCAUACACAGGUUUUUUCUCGCCGGAGAAGUUUCAUUGCUUAGAAGGAGUUAUGUCUUUUGAUGAGAUUUGGAAAGAGAUAAAGAACAACAAGAUGGAUGAUUUUGAGGCGAGAAUUUACAUAGUUAGUUGGAAUGAUCAUUUCUUUAUUUUGAAGGUGGAGAUUGAUGCUUACUAUAUCAUUGAUUCAUUGGGUGAGAGACUUUUUGAAGGAUGUCAAAGAGCAUUUGUGUUGAAGUUUGAUGAUUCAAGUGUUAUGUAUGGGAAGAAAGAUGAAGUUGCUGGUGUGAAGAGUAAUAAUUCAAGAGGUGAGGAAAGCUUUGAGGUAAUUUGUCGAGGAAAAGAGUGUUGUAAAGAGUUUAUCAAACGAUUUCUUGCUGCGAUAUUGGUUAGACAGUUAGAGAAAGAAGAGAAGAAAUGGAUUGUUUCAAAUCCUAAUAUUCAUCGGCGGUUACAAAUUGACUUUCAUUUUAGUUUGCGAUUGCAGUUAGGAAAAACGUAA